AUGGCCAACCCCGGCGCACCCGCUCCUGCGCCUCAUAUGAUCUCGCGCCCAAAGAGAGCCCCCACCGGAGAUGAAGAGGCUACGGCAAUUUUGCGUCUGGGAGAGUUCCAGCAGGUACCUGCUCUGAACUUGUCCGAAGCGCGCACCAUCAUCAACGCUGUCACGACACGUCGGCGCAACAUCAAGCAGAAGGUCUCUGAGUCCGAGACUCUUCUCAAGACCCAGGAAUACCUCGAGUUGUUUGCACGCUUCAAGCAGCAGGAACACGUCACUGCUGUUGAGCAAUUGCUCACGACUCGCACCGAGCUCGAGCGCUUUGAGCGCAGCCAGCUCGCAAAGACGCUCGUGCCCUCGCUCGAAGGCAAGAUUUCUGACGAGGACCUCCAAGAGCUGCUCGACGAAAUGAUGAAGCUGAGAAAUUUUGUGCAAUGA